AUGUAUAACGUCAAUAUUGAUGAAGCGGGAAAUAAAGAUCUUUUAGAAGCAUGUUCUGAUUCAUUUGAACCAUUAAAACUUACACGUAAAUUUACCGAUGAGCAUGAAGAACAAAGUUUGUUGAUGACGUCAAGUUCCUUUUCAAGUUGGUCUAUUGCUGUAUCAAAUGAGUAUCGCGAAAGUUUUAGAUUGCUAGCUUUAUCUUGCAUAAGCGACGAUGAUAUGCAAGUUCUGCCAGAUUCGAAAAAAAUAAGUAGGUGUG